CUAUUACCAUGACUCUACGAGUGGGACCUGGACUCCCCAUAUCUUUUGCAAUCGCUAAUCGCUAUUGUCGGAGAGUCUUGCACCCAAGAGUUUCACUUGAAAGAAUCUCCCCAGCUUUUCAGUUUUCCCUUGAUUUGAAAACAAAAAAAUCUGAGACUAGUACAGUUUUCUUGUUCUUAUACUACUACUAUUUUCCUUUCUCCCUCCAAUCUUUAGUGCGGUCCUCCUCUUCAUACCAUUCAAUAAGCCACUGUGUCUGUGAUAGAUCUAGUUGAAUCAAGAGAAAGUGAAUUUCAGCUGUGAUGGGGGGAUAUGAGUCUGAAGUUCCUGCAGAAGGGGACCUUAUUGCUGCUGCACAGCAUAUUGUGGCAGCAUUAGGGACCAAAAAGAUGUUAUCUCAAGAUGAGAGGAAAAUUCUUGUUGAUCUUCGAACUCGAUUGAGCACCAUGACUAUGGUGGAUGACACUAAGACUAAUGAGCCUCCAGUUAACGGAGUCAGUGAGACUGAACAGUAUCUUAAUCUGGUUUCGGAGAGGAUUAUGAAUCGUGUAUCGGAUGAGACGAUGAUAUGGGAUUUGGGUCCUGAAGAUGCUUGUGAGUACCUAAAGGCGGUUGAGGAAGCGCGCAUUUUGACUGAGAAAUUGGAGGGUUUAUGUUUGAAUAAGGAUGAUGAAGAAGUUGAGCUUCUGAGGAAAGCACAUGAUGUGCUUCAGACUGCAAUGGCUAGACUUGAGCAAGAGUUUGGGCAUAUAAUUGUCCAGCAUAGCCAACCAUUUGAGCCGGAACACAUGUCGUUUCGCUCUAGUGAGGGAGUUGGUGUGGUUGGUAGCCCGUGUUCCUUGGAGGAUGAUCCACUAGAGGAUUCACUUCGAAGAGAGUCUGUUGGCAAAAACUUGGAGGAUUUCAUUGUUGAUUUAGUGCAUCCUGAUGUGAUACCAGACCUCAAAUGUAUUGCAAACUUGAUGUUCAUCUCUAGCUAUGAACGUGAGUGCUCCCAGGCUUAUGUUACUGCGAGGAAACAUGCUCUUAAUAGAUGCCUCUUUGCUCUUGAAGUUGAGCCACUAAGCAUUGAUGAUGUCCUCAAGAUGGAAUGGGGUAGCUUGGAUUCUCAAAUCAAAAGAUGGGUUUGGGCCAUUAGAAUAUUUGUAAGGGGAUAUCUUGCAAAUGAGAAAAGGCUAACUGACGAGAUCUUUGGAGAUUUUGGCUCUUUAAGCUCCAUGUGCUUCACUGACUCAUCAAAAGCUUCAGUUAUGCAGCUGCUAAGUUUUGGUGAUGCUGUGGCUGUGAGUCCUAGGCAACCUGAAAAGUUGUUUCGGGUUCUUGAUAUGUACGAGGUUCUAGCUCAAUUGCAUGCAGAUAUAAAUUCUAUGUACACAGAUCAAGCUAUUCGGGAUGAAUUCUGUGAGGUUUUGAGGAGAUUAGGUGAUGCAGUGAGGGCGACUUUUAUUGAAUUCAAGAACGCGAUUGCCACCAAUGCAUCAAUCAAUCCUUUUGCUGGGGGUGGGACACACCAUCUUACCAGAUAUGUCAUGAACUACCUCAAACUCCUCACUGAUUACAGAGACACUCUAAAUCAGAUCCUUGAAGAAGCUGAAAGAGUGGAAUCACUUUCUCCAUUAGCUGAUUCUGUUCCAUUUUGGGAUGAGAUGAAGCAAUUUGAUGGUACUUGCAAUGCUACUCCAAUGGCUUUCCAUUUCCAAUCCAUCACUUCAGCUUUAUUAGCUAAUAUAGAUGAAAAGUCAAAAUUAUACAAGGAUACUGCUUUACAGCAUUUCUUCCUGAUGAACAAUAUUCAUUACAUGGCACAGAAAGUGAAAAGUUGCGAGCUUCGAGAUAUAUUUGGGGAUGAUUGGAUCAAAAGGCACAAUGGAAAAUUUCAGCAGCAAGCCAUGAACUAUGAGAGAGCUACCUGGAGUUCCAUCCUCUCCCUUCUCAAAGAUGAUGGAAGUCAGAACUCUGGCUCAAAUUCAAGCAUAAAAAAUAUUCUGAAAGAAAGGUUGAAGAGCUUUUAUGCUGCAUUUGAGGAGGUAUACAGGAAUCAAACUGGAUGGCUGAUCAAGGAUUCACAACUUCAGGAAGAUCUGCGAAUUAAAACAUCCCUUCAGGUAAUCCAAGCAUAUCGAACCUUUAUAGGACGACACUCCAGCGAAAUCAGUGAUAAGUACAUAAAGUACACUGCUGAUGAUUUGGAAAAUCAUAUACUCGAUCUGUUCAGUGGAUCACAAAGAUCAUUAAGUAACAUUUAUAGAAAAUGAUCUGUUUGGCUAAUUUUGAAUGGAUCAUCUUGAAACUGUAAUAUUCAGUAUAUUUUUAUGAUUUUGUUUUAGAUUUGUCUACAUAUAAUGAUUGAAACUCGGUUUUCCACUGUCUGUAAUCAAAGUCUGUACAAUAUGUGGUUAUAUAUAUAAAAGCAAACUUAUUUCUAGUGCUA